AUGCGUCUCACCACAGUUCUACGCACGUCUCGUACCCCCGUGUCUCAAUUUCCCUGGCUCGCACCGCUAAAGGUCGCGCAACUCCAGCGCAUCGCGCGUGCAACGGGGAUUCAAUCCUCUGGAACGAAAAGCGUGCUCACGGCGCGCAUUGAGGCAGCGCUAUGUCAGCAAUUAGCUGUCCCCUUACGAGAAAAGACAGGUGAUGACUGGAGCGUGCUGAGUAUCGAUAUGGGGAUUCAGAAUCUCGCGUUCGCACACCUGCGCGUGCCGAGGGCUUCCGUCACGCAGACGACGGCGCGGGCGCCGUCGAGACCGGUGCUCACGGCUUGGCAUCGAUUGAAAGUCUCCGAAAUUGGAGAGCUGGAUUUGGAGGGUACGGGUGUGAAGGCGGAUGGUAUGGGCAAUGCUGGACUCAUGUCUGAGUCCACGCAGCCUGUCGAGACCGAGCUGACAGCGGGCUUGAAGGAGGCGUUCUCGCCAGCUUUGUACGCUGCAAUGGCUUAUACAUUGAUUACCUCCCUUCUUUCUGCCUACAAGCCUACUCAUGUAUUGAUCGAACGCCAGCGGUUCCGCUCCGGUGGCGGGAGUGCCGUGCAAGAGUGGACGAUACGUGUUGGCGUGCUGGAGGGUAUGUUACAUGCGGUGCUACACACGCUCCGACAGGAAAGUGGGAGUGGUCUCGCUGGACUUGAAGUGCAGGGUAUUGAACCAAAGCGAGUGGUCAGAUAUUGGGAGGACAUUGAUCUUGAUACCGGCCGAGAGGUCGAGGAAGGUACUAGAAAAGGCAGAGUUAGUGCACGAGAAGUCAAGAAGGCCAAAAUUGACCUCGUAGGGCGGUGGUUGGGUGCUUCUCUCGAGAACAACGGCUCUCCAGAUGGAGCUAUCCUUGCAGACGGGGAGGCCCUCCGCACCACGGUGGACGGAAAGAUCUGUCUGGCGGCAGAUAAACCUGCAGUUCAUGAUCUCGCGGGUGCGUACUUGCGUAAAUGGCGUGGUGAAAGGACGAGUAAAAAGCAAUCUUCUGCCACAGACUCCACCAGUGCAGUUACGAAGCUGGAUGAUCUAGCGGACUGUCUAUUGCAAGGCGUCACUUGGGUGGAGUGGCAGGCAAUGCGAAAGAGGCUUGCCCGGGAAGGGUUGGAAGCAUUAUGA